ACUACACUUCACAGUGCGCCUUCAGUCCCGAGGAUUCAUACCAACAGCUGUGCGCAAAACUGACUGACUUAUGGGAACAUAUCAACCCUUUAUGGAUUAAUGUCAAACUGGAUGCAACGUACCAUAUCAAAUGAGUUAAUUGUGACGGUCACUCUGAAAUAAAUAAAAUGCUGUGUCUGCGUGACUCUGGGGACUGCCUGCGGGACCAGAUGCACUACAUGAUGAGGUCCCUGCAGGACCUGAAGCACCUGAGGAGGACCUGCCCUGCUGCUGCCCCUGCCAUCCCCCCUGCCCCUACCCUGGUCCACCGCUCUGCAGUGGCACGAGCCUGCCAUCAGAGAGCACCGCAGAGGGAGCACCGUACCCGGCUGCGCAUCUCUGACGCCAGUACGGCCAGCACCUACGACUCAGCCUGCUGUCUGGCCAGUCCUCUGGAGGAGGAGGAGGAUGCAGGCAGCCGGCUGGGUCUGGGCCUUGGCCUGGGUCUGACCUCCCCCAGCAGUGAGAAGAGUCUUGAGUUUGACUCUGGCUACUCUGAGGCCUCCUGGCAGGACGAGGCCGUGGUGCUCAGGAGGACCAGGAACGUACGGGUGUCCUCCUCUGCCUGCCUCCGCACCAACCGGGCCUCCAGUGACCUGGUCCGGCCCAAAUCCACAUCAGACGCCUGCCUGGAGAGGUGGACCUCAUUCGAGGCCAGUGACCCGGAGGACUGGACUACGUCACUGCUGACACGGGGACGGAACAGACAACCUCUGGUACUGGGGGACAACAGCUUUGCUGACCUCAUACAGAACUGGAUGGACCUACCGGACUGCCCUGAACCAGCAGAACUGAAGCCCAUCUCUGGCUUCUUGGUAAACAUGAGGCGGAAAAUAGCUGGGAUGUCAAAGAGUGUAGAGGGGAGGGUGAGGAUGAGGUCCUCAGACUCUUCUUCACAUGUGAGUCGGACAGCCAUGGCCCCCAAACGACUCUCCUGCCCCCUAGGGGUGCAGGCCCCUGCCCCACGCCAGUCCCCCUUCUUCCACCAGUCCCAUUCUGGCCUGCAUGAACUAGACACAGACUUCUAUCAGUUCACUGCCCUCAUGAAGACUGGCAGCAGACAGCCUAUUAUCUGUAAUGACAUCGGCUACAUCUGACUCCAGGUCAGCCACUAACAGACUCUCAUUCUAAACAAUGGACAAUCCCCAAAGUCACUAUUUUCAUAUGAUAAACGUUAUCACUUUGUUCUGACUAUAAACUGCCAAAAAUAAAACAUAUUAUUUGAGAUUGGAAA